AUGGAACAAAAUGGUAACGGUGUGAAUUCACCCAUUACCAAAAGAAAAAGAAUUAAUAGAUUCAAUUUCAAUUUUAAAACCGGUUCUCCUAUUAUAACUGAAAAUAGUAAUAAUGAUAAUGAUAAUGAUGAUAAUAAUCAUGACAAUAAUAUCAACAUAAACAAUGAUAUGUUAAUAAGUAAACCAACAAAAGCAAUAAUAAAGAAAACAAAAGUAUCUAAACAGCCUGCAAGAUCAAAAAGAUUAAAAGAGUAUAAUGAAGAGACACAAAAUGAAAACAGUAAUGGUUCUUUAGAUUCACCAAUGGUUUUAAUUGAAUCAGAUUCCCCACCGAUACAACCAUCUUUUAAUUCAUCAAAUCAAACCACCUCGACCACAACAACUUUAGUUGAAACUCCUCCACCACAAUCAUCUCCAAUAUCUGCAUUUCCAUCACUACCACUUAUACCAAUUUCAACUAGACGAAGAGUAAAGAUUCAAAAUGUUAAAGAGGAAAUAGAGCAAACCCAAUCUCCACCGUUACAGCCAGAGCAGGCUGUAAAGAAAAAAAGAGGAAGAAAGCCAGGUGUAAAAGAAAUAGUUAUAAUUAAAGAGGAGGUACAAAUAGAGCAGGACAAAAUGAUAGAGGUUAAAAAAGAGCAAACCAUUAAGGAAGAAAAAUCAAAAGAAUUAAUAGAUGAGGCACAACAGCCCCAAAUCGAACAAGAUCAAUCAAUAGAUGGCGCACUAAUAAAGGAUGAGGUCAAAGCAGAAAAUACCACCACUACAACUACAACUGCCACUACCGCAACAAAAACAAAAAAAUUAAUUACAAAAGAAGAUUUAGAAAUCUUAGGUAAAACCAUUAGUGAUUAUGAAUGGGACAAGGUAUUAAAUAGAAUUUUAGGUAUUGGCAUUGGAGAUAUACCCCAGCAAAGUAAAUCAACACUUAAGAGUAAAAGUAAUGACAAUUUUAUUAAAGCAAUCGAGCUUUCAAGAGAUUAUUUAGUUAAAUACGAAAUACCAUACAAAUGUGCCGUUCCAUCAUUUGUGAAAUCAGGGCCUCUGGAUAAUGAUGAUUUCAUUGAUGACAUUAUAAAAUUUUUAGAAGCCAGGAGCGAGUUAAAUAUCAGUUUUUCAAGUGAGUUUUCAAAUAGCAGCGAUGAUAUUGAAGAUUUAAAUUUAUCUUUGGGUGCCAUAGGACCUCAAGUACCCCCAACACCAAUAUUAAAAAGAGAAAGUACAAUUGUUCUUGAUGAUGACGAGGAUGAUAUAUUUAACAUACCAUCAUUCAUGGAUGAAGUUUUUAAGAAUAGUCAACCAUCGGAUCUUAGGGCCAAGGGUUUAAUAUCUACAAAUGAUACAAAUAACAACAACAACAACAGCAACAGCAGUUUGGGCGUUGAUGAUGAUAGUGAAGAGGCUUUAAUGGGAUAUGAAGAUCAAUCAAUAGAUUUAUUAGACGGAAGACGUAUUAUUAAUUUUGGAAAAGGAACAAAUCAAAGUUUUACAGAUAACUUUGAUGAUAUUAUUCAAGUUGAUAGUAAUGGGACCAAAUCAGUCGAGUGGUAUAGGGAUAUUGAUAAUCGUGUUAUCACAAAUGAUUCCAUCAGUAAAGAUUCAGAAGAUUGGUUAUUAUAUUUAAAAACUCUUGAAAAAUGUCCAUUGGCUAUACAAGGUAACAAAUUGAUAGAUGGUGAAAGAUUAUUUUUUGAUAUUGACAAGAAUGAGCGUGAUUUCUCAGUGUCAACAACUACAUUCUCAGCCUAUUCAAUAGAAUCAAAAAGAAAGGUUGGCUAUUUAAGUCUUGUUGUUGGAUCUCUUUUUUUCACUCCACUUACUAAGGAUUUAAUGCGAAAAGGUUAUCUUAAAUUGGCUGGUACAGCUGUAUUAACUGGAUAUGAUGGUAGAGUGCUCGAAGGUUAUUGCAGUGUCGAUUUUUAUCUUACUCGUAAAUCACAUAUUACUAAAGGUGACCAUAUUCGUCCAAAUAUUGGUGAUGAUAGAUAUUUGGAUUUUUACUUUGGCUCUUUAAUAAAGUUUUUGGAUACCCUAUUACAGGGUCCGGUUUCUGUUGGAGUUUCUUUACCAGAUUCAGCGCGUCAAACAUCUAAUCAAGCAAUUACAACUAGGGAUGGUUUUGUUAAAAAGAAUCUUUUACAAAUGGAUACACCUUCUUCAUUUAAAAGUUUAUUGCAGGAGCACCAACGUGAAGGUCUUUGGUGGAUGUUUUCAAGAGAGCAAAAGCCAUCAGUUACCUACAGUGACGCUAUUUAUGAAAAUUGGAGAAUCUAUAAAACUGCUGAGGGCAUAGAUUUCUAUUAUAAUUAUGUUUGUGAUAAGAUUAGCUUAAAGAGUCCAACUAGUAGACAUAAAAUCGCAGGUGGUUUACUCUGUGACGAAAUGGGUUUAGGUAAAACUGUUAUGUCAAUUGCCUUAAUCAUGCAAAAUCAUCCUAUAUUCAAUCCAUCACGUCAGCAUAGAGAUGCUUAUGGAGAUAUCCGUGAAGAGUUAGAAAAUAGAAAUACACAGCUCAGAAAAGGUAAAACCUUUACAAAACCAAGGACAACAUUAAUCAUUUGCCCUGCAACCUUAUGCAGUCAAUGGAAGAGCGAGUUUAAAAAGCAUUUAAAACCAGAACACUAUAAUCAGCUUAGCAUUCUGGAUUAUUGGGGUCCAAAUAGAAAAAAGAAAUUGGUUGGUUUAGAUUUAAGUUUAGUAGAUAUUGUCAUUACCACACAUGGUAGUUUUGGUUUAGAAUGGAAGAAAUAUGAAAAGGAAGUCCAAAACGGAAAUUCGGGUAUUAGUGUACCACCAUUGUGGUCAAUUCAUUGGUGGCGUGUUAUUGUUGACGAGUCUCAAGUCUGUAGAGCCAAAACCUUAAUUUUUAAAGGUUUACAAAAUAUUGAUUCAAUUCAUCGUUGGUGUUUAACCGGUACUCCAGUUCAAAAUUAUUUAGAAGAAAUGUUCCCAAUGUUAAACUUUUUAAAUGUUUUCCCAAUUGCUGAAAAUAUGAGAACCUGGAGAAGAUUAGUAGAUAAGCCAAAGAACAUCACAUUAUUAAAGCAAGUGUUAAAUCCAAUUUUAUUACGUAGAACCAAGGAUGAAGCUAAAGAAACCAAAUUACCACAGAAACAUUACUCCACUGCUUACUUGGAGUUUGAUGAGUAUGAAAAGGAAGAUUAUGCAGUUUUAUUUACAACAUCAGAACAGUUGUUAAAAAAAAUCCAACAGCGUCGUGGUGGUAUUUUAAAGAAUUAUGCAUGUGUUUUGGCUUUGCUUUUAAGAUUAAGACAGUGUUGUGACCAUUUCUUAUUAAUUAGAGCCAAGAAAGAGGAGUCUGAUAGUUGUGGCAUCUGCUUUGAUAUUGCAACAAAUCCAAUUUAUAAUCAUUGUGACCAUUUAUUCUGCUUGGACUGUAUGGAAGAACAAAUUAAAAGUGGAGAUGGUAAAUGCACCCAGUGUAAUGCUCAAUUAAUUCUUGAAGGAAAAAAUACAGAGCCUACCGAUGAUGAUAUUACCUUGCCAAUCAAAGAUGAGCUAGAUAUUAAAGAUGAAUUGGAAAUUAAAGAUGAAAAGAAAACAACAACCACUACAACCACCACAACAGCAUCAGCAAAUAAAGGAAAUCAUAGCGAUUUAUUGGAUAUGGGCUUUGAAGAGGAGAUAAAUGAAAGAGAGUUUCAAAUUGAUGUCAAUAAAAGAUUUGGCGAACUCAUUCACCAGAGAGAAAGAGAAAAUCAGAAAAGAAAAUUAUUAAGAAAGGAUAGAUUAUUUUCAACAAAAAUUAAACAGUUGAUUCAAGAUUUACAUACAGAUAUGUUGAAUGAUAAAGAAAAGGAAGAUGAAAAGUGUAUUGUUUUUUCACAAUGGACAUCAAUGCUUUCAUUAAUAGAAAAUAUUUUUAUUGAAAAUGGUUGGAAAAAAAAUAUUCAUUACAGCAGAUUUGAUGGUACAUUGACUUCGGUUCAAAGGGAUCGUGUAUUACAAGCUUUUAAUCAAGAUGAUGGACCAAGAGUUAUGCUAAUGGGUCUUAGAUGUGGUGGUGUGGGUCUUAAUCUUACUCGUGCCAAUAGAGUUUAUUUGAUGGAUCCUUGGUGGAACAUUGCUUUACAAAAUCAAGCUAUUGGUCGUGUACAUAGAAUGGGGCAAAAGAAAGAGGUUUACGUUAAAAAUUAUAUAAUGGAAGAAUCUAUCGAAAUUAGAAUUUUACAAUUACAAGAAUCAAAAGAGGAACUUGCAGAGGCUAUAUUUUCAGAUGAUUACGACCCAAGCCAACCACUCAAAAACUAUAAAUUAUCUGUUAACGAUAUUAAGCUAUUGUUUAAAGGUUUCCCUCAAAUCGAAGCUAAUAAUUAA